ACAGUUAGUGAUUAUUCUCUUCAAAUAUACCAAAAAACCGUGUAAAAGGGCAAGAAUGUUGAAAAAUUCCAAUUCAAAAAAUGUUUUUCGUUUUUUCUCGGUUUAUCAGUUUUUGAUUUUGCUUCCAGGAUAUCUAGGUCCAGUGUCUUUCAAUAUACAGUAAAACCUUUCAUAGUGGACACCUCUCUAUAGUGGACACCGCCUUAUAGUGAACACUUAGUGGUCCGACGGAAUGAUUUUUGCUGGAAUUGAACCUCUGUAUAGCGGACACCUCCAUAUAGUGGACACCUCUUUAUAGUAGACACUUUUCACGAUUCCUCUUUCAUAAAUAACCUCUGUAUAGUGGACACUAACUAUGAGUUCAAAGAGAAUGUCGAGAUGACUAUCAUUAGUCAUUCAACAUAAUGACUUUUUAUGGGUCGGACGGCGGAAUGGAAAAAAAGAUACAUCUCAGUGGUAGAGAAAGAACACGUUCUUUGUGUUGAAUAGUGGAGAGUGGUAUACAUAUAUAAUCGCAUUGAAAAAUGUGUCCUUUUGUUAUAAGUAUUAAAAGAAAGAGAUCAUUAUGUCUAAUCGAUGAGUGUUGACUGCGGAACAAAAGAUUGUACUAAUUAAGGGCAAUUAAAGUGGUCAUAGUUUAUCAGGCUGAUCUUUUUGUGUCACAGCAACAGACUCAUCUGCACGAUCAUCUCUGAUCUUGAAUCACAAUUAAGUGACAUUUAUCUAUAUUCCAAAGUGACGAAAUAAAGCUCUAUCAAAGAUUUUUGUGAUAAUUGUUGAUUUUUCUAUUUUUCAAAACUAAAAUACAUGAAAAGAAAAGUAAUAAUGUGCUCUAUCUAGAUUAUUUUAUUCUCUGAUGCUCUAGAUGUCUAGAAACACGUUGACUUGUAUGAAAAAGAUGUUAGUUUUGGGAAACACAUAACCUUCCUAUAGUGGACAUCCCGCUACAGUGGAUGCUUUUGAAAAAUCCGAAGAAUGUCCACUAUAGAGAGGUUUUACUGUAUAUAAUUUUUUUUGUUUGAAAGAGCAUGUCAAGGUGCAGGGCACCAUAUACUCCUUUUUUAAUUAACCCUUGUUUUUUAUUAUAUAUAAGGGGUGAGAAAGUUAUUUUUAUUGUUAUUGUUAUUAAUAAAAAUAACAAUAACAAUAACUUUCUCACCCCUAUUAUAUAUACAGAUAUUUAUGUAACUAGAUACCCAUUUUUGGCGCGUUUUUCGAGUCAUUGAACUUGCGAUCCCCUUUCUCCGCUAACAAAGUAAGAAUUUUAAUAAAAGGGCUCUGUGGUGCCCCGCAUCCUGACAUGCUCUUUCUAACAAAAACAAAAACAUAAUGCAUGAACCUGGACCGAGAAAUCUUGGAAGCAAAAUGAGCUAUUUUUGACCCUUGUUUAGUUCAUAUCUCUGUCAAACUUCAGAAUAUCGAGCUGAAAAUUUUACCACAGCCUCCUUACUUUAGCUCCAACAUAUGCUCCAAAUUUCAGCCCAUUUGACCGUACCUGAGCUGUGAUCGAUUUUUAAGUUCGGGGGGGGGGGGGGGGCUUAAGUCCGUCGCACCACUGGUAAUAGAAGAAAACAAUUUGAGAUGUAUGUAUAUUUUUCUUCAUUAUCACUCACAUUCAAAUAAAAAACGAUCACAUCCAUCAUUUUUGGAUGAUAGUAUACGUUUCUAAAAUAACUAUUAACUAAACAAGUUUUCAACAAAAAAUUAAAAUUCUCAUUUGUUGUUCAACAAUAUUCAUCUAUUUCACAUUAAAAAUCGAUUAUAACAUCAAUAAUAUUGAAUAAAAUAUUUUUCGAAAAUAACGUUAGAAAAACAAAUAAGUAUAAGUUUGUAAGAUGUGAAAAAAUUCAGCAAAAAUUGUUUUAUCAUUGAGAGUAAUUUUUCAAAUGAUUAUUCACUAUUGAGAAAAUGAGCGAACGCUCUACUAAAUACUGUUCAAAAAAAACAAAUGAAAGACUCAUUUCAAUGUCAUCGAUAUUUAUUUCUUCUAUUCGAUAUUUUUUCUUUCAUUUCAGUACCACCACUACGUGCAAGUUCGAUUGAUAUUCGGUCGAAUGCCGAAUGGGCUCCCAAUGGCAUUACUGUGGCUGGAGGAAAUGAAUAUGGCAAUGGAAUCCAUCAACUCAAUUACCCAAAAGGUUUAUAUGUUGAUGAUGAUCAAACGAUUUAUGUUGCUGAUGUGCAUAAUGACCGCAUUGUGGAAUGGAAAUCUGGUGCAACGAAUGGUCAAAUAGUUGCUGGUGGAAAUAAAGGAGAAGACGGAGCUAAUCAGCUAAGAUUCCCAUUCGAUGUGAUUGUUAACAAAGAGAGAGAUAGCCUCAUUAUCUGCGAUACGUUGAAUAAUAGAGUCGUCCGAUGGCCUCGUCAAGAUGAUACUAGAGGAGAAACAAUCAUCUCGAACAUUCGUCCCAUCGGUUUGACAAUGGACGAAAAUGGAUUUGUCUAUGUCGUUGACGAAGAAAAAAAUGAAGUGAGACGAUAUAGAGUUGGUGAUACUAAAGGAACAGUGGUUGCAGGUGGUAAUGGAAAAGGAGAUCGUUUCGAUCAACUCUCUCAUCCCCAGUAUGUAUUUGUCGAUCGAAAUCAUUCAGUAUACGUUUCCGAAUUCGAAAAUCAUCGUGUGGUAAAAUGGAAAAAAGGUGCAAAACAAGGCAUUGUCGUAGCCGGUGGUCAAGGACCAGGAAAUGGACUCACACAAUUGAACGAGCCUCGAGGAAUUGUUGUCGAUCAAUUGGGUACUGUCUAUGUGGCUGAUUGUCAUAAUCAUCGAAUUAUGCGUUGGCCAAAAGGAGCCACACAGGGAAGUAUCAUUGCUGGUGGAAACGGCCAAGGCAAAAAGUCGAAUCAACUAUAUCAUCCCUGGGGUUUAUCAUUCGAUCGACAUGGCAAUCUCUAUGUCACCGAUCACGACAAUCACCGAGUACAAAAAUUUAACAUCAAAUAA